AGCAUCUAUCGGCUCCGCAUUCAAACUGCUUCAAUGUUCACGCUCGUCGGACUCGGCCUGGGUGAUGCGUCUGACAUCACGCUGAAAGGCAUGAACGCGGUGAAGGAAGCGGACAUUGUGUAUCUCGAAGCCUACACCUCAUUCUUGAUUAACAGCAACGCGGAGGAGCUCUCCUCCGCGUAUGAUAGACCUGUUGUUGUCGCCGACAGAGAAAUGGUGGAGAGCGGUGUGGUCCUCGACGACGCUAAGGAGAAGAAAGUAGUGCUUCUUGUUGUUGGCGACGUGUUUGGUGCGACCACGCACUCUGACCUGAUUGUGCGCUGCCACGAGCAAGGGAUUGAGUGUAAGGCGAUCCACAACGCCUCCAUCAUCAACGCUGUCGGUUGCUGCGGACUCCAACUGUAUCGCUUUGGCCAAGUGAUUUCACUGUGCUUCUGGACGGAGACGUGGCGUCCGGAUUCGUGGUACGAUCGCCUGAAGAGCAACCGGGUCGCUGGUAUUCACACCUUGGUGCUGCUCGACAUUAAAGUGAAGGAGAUAUCGGAUGAGAACCUUGCACGUGGUCGGAAGAUCUACGAGGCGCCGCGCUACAUGACUAUCAAGCAGGCACUGGAGCAACUUCUGGAAGUGGAGAGCUACAAAAAAGAAGGCGCUAUCGCUGUUGACGGCUCUACAUUUGCGGUGGGCGUGGCUCGUGUUGGGUCUGCAACGCAAAAGAUCGUGGCUGGCUCGAUGAAAGAGCUCCUUGACGCUGACUUUGGCGAACCCCUGCAUUCGCUUGUUAUCGCUGGCGAUGUACACGAGUGCGAGCAAGAGCACGUCAACUUAUUCCGGCUUCCGCAGCAGUAA